AGGCCAUCUCGGCUCCGCUGUCGGGACCCCGUGCAGCUGCACGCCCGCAAGGCCUGGCGCAUGCGCUGCACCGUCCGGCGGCGAGGGCCAGCAUGCUGCGGGCCGAGUCCCUGGCCAGGGCCCUGCUCUUCGAGCACAAGGGCCUCUACUUCGCUGCGCUCAUUGCCGCCAAGGGGCUGGCGCUGCUGGGCAUGCUUGCGCUGCCCGGAGGCGUGGGCCGCCUGUGGCUGGAGCUGCUCGGCGCGCUCGCCAGCGGCGGCGACAUAGUGCUCAGGCUGCUGGUCUCGAGCAAGAAGGUUCCCACGCCCGGGAAACACGGGGUGGACGCGCUCCUGUGCGCGUUGCUGCUGGUUGACGUGGCCCUCUGUGGCCACCCGGGCGCCGCGGCCCCCGAGAAGAACUGCCGCGCGCUCAAGUUCGUGGUGCCCUUUGCGACGCUGGUCAGCAUCGGGGGCAACCUCAUGCGCCUAGACCGCGGCGCGCCGCCCUCGAGGACGGGGGCCGCGAGCCACAUCGGGCGGGACGAGGAGGCCCUCGCCGGCGGAGAGUGAGGCUGCGGCCGCCACGGUCUCCGUGCGCUGUCGGCCGCCGGCUCUCUUGCGCGCGCCCUCGCGAGCGGAGCACUACCCAACGGCACCUCCCGCCGCAACCAGGCCACGCUCCCGCGCCCCGGAGGCUCCAGCCUGCUGCGCUGGGGGAGGCCCGGGGGACAUCCCGCGCGGAGGGCCCGUGGAACUGCGGCGGCGGCAGCGCGUUCGCGCGAGCCGCGGGGCGCUGGGUCGCCCGGCCGGCGCCUGGGCGGGGGGCCUGCCGCGGGCGAGAGGGGGCCGCCGCGGCGACCGCCGGGGCCGCUUGCAGGACGCCGCCUCGGUCGCGCCGGACCGGCGCCGCGGGCGCGCUGUCGUCGGGCAGGGCCGCGGGCAG